AUGCAAGACCCGAACGCCUCUAACCCCCAGAUACCUCAACCCAACAACACAAUGGUCCGUCUCAGCAGCCUAGGAGGCAGGGUCCUUCGCCGCGUGAAAGAGCAAGCCAGCGUGCAGCCAGUCACCAACCACUACCCCACAGGUGUUGUCGGCAAGCCGGUUUACAUGCCCCAAUUCCGCAUCGCCCUCGUUCACAACCCCAACAACUCCCCGAAAUACGCCCAAUUCCGCGUUCCUCUCAGCUUCAACAAGUUCGAUCUCCGAAGCUACCUAUGGAACCUCUAUGGCGUCGGUGUCCUCGGUAUCCGCAGUUACGUCCAGGCACAGGGAAUCACACGAAUCACGCGCGACGGCAAGGGUUACGGCCCAUGGCGCCGGCCUAAGUCGCAGAAGCGCAUGACCGUCGAAUUGAAGGAGCCUUUCGCCUGGCCCGAAGCACCCAAGGAUAUGGCUCCCUUCGAAUUCGAAAGCUGGAAGAAGGCCGAGCUCUGGCAGAAGGAGCAGCAAGAUCGUGAGAACCCGAAGCGCAACUCUGGCGAAGAGCCUGAUCACAAGCUUCGGGCUGCUUUCAAGGAGCAAGCUCAGGCUUUGCGUGGAAACAAAGAGACUUGGAGACCGACUUGGAAGGCCUUGGGCCUUGAGCCCCAUGAAGCUGCUAAGGCCAGUCGCACUGUUCCUGCAACCCAGCCCGCUUGGUAUGCUCGGCAGCGGAAGGCCGGGUCGAAAUAA